AUGGAUGGUGAAUCUGAGAUAUGUCUUCCAGGAGAUAUUGUUAUUCCUUCUUCAGACCAGGCAUUUGAUGAGUUAGUUCAUUUUUCUUAUCCAAAUAUUCUGGAAAACAUGUCCUCAAAGGAUUUUUUCAAAGCAAGAACUAUACUAGCUCCCACACUAGACAUCGUUGAAGAGGUCAACAACCAUCUGAUAGCUAUCAUUCCUGGAGGAGAAAAAUUAUAUCUUAGUUCGGACUCCAUAUGUAUGGAUGAAGGGAAUAUGGAGAGUCAACUAGAUCUCUAUGGUCUUGAAUUAUUGAAUAGCAUAAAUUGCUCUGAUUUGCCUCCACAUAAAUUAAUACUCAAGGUUGGUGUUCCGGUGAUGUUACUGAGGAAUAUUGACCAAUCCAGUGGUCUUUGUAAUGGUACAAGGCUACAAGUUAGGAAGCUUGGAAAUCAUGUCAUGGAAUGUGAAGUCUUAACGGGUAACAAUGUUGGUCAUAUUGCUUUGAUUCCAAGAAUGAAUAUGGUACCAACAAAUGAAACCGUCCCAGUUAGAUUCCAACAAAGACAGUUUUUCAUAAUAGUAUCGUUUGCCAUGACAAUUAAUAAGUCUUAG